UUCUUACCAGUUCAUUCGAUCCAUUCUCAAGAAAAAACCAAUUCUGCAAUGGCCUGCUCAAGCUCCCCAAGACCCACAAAAGUUCAAGAGUUCCAUGUGUAUGAGAUCAACGAACGUGACCGUUCAAGCCCCGCUUACCUUAGUCUGAGCCAGAAACCUUCGCAUUCCCUGGGUGAUCUCGUGCCCUUCACGAACAAAAUAUACACCGGAGACCUUGAGAAGCGCUUGGGGAUUACAGCGGGACUUUGCAUUUUGAUCGAAAGCAAGCCGGAAAAGAAGGGUGACCGAUACGAGGCAAUGUACAGCUUCUAUUUUGGGGACUACGGUCACAUUUCUGUCCAGGGACCGUACUUGACUUACGAGGACACGAGCUUGGCCGUGACAGGUGGUUCGGGGAUAUUUGAAGGGGUGUAUGGACAUGUCAAGCUGCACCAGAUUGUGUUUCCUUUCAAGAUCUUGUACACUUUUUGCUUGAAGGGGAUUGAGGACUUGCCGGAGGAGCUUACAGCUGGGAAGCUUGUUGAACCAAGCCCCAGUGUUCAACCUAGCCCUGCUGCCAAGGCUUGUGAGCCUCAAGCUACUAUCUCUAAUUUCACUAAUUAGUUCAGAAGUUCUUGGUGGUGGUGGUCAACUGAGGAUGAGAACUAGCUCAGGUAGAUGGAUAGUCAGAAGUCAGUGUGGGUUUAUGAAAACUUUGCUAUAAUAAUUCGAACUUCAAGGCAAUGGAAUCAGCUAGUUUAGUGCUUUUCCAAUGUGGUUUUAUGUAUUCUUAUGUUUUAAAUGAUACGAGUUCAAAAUUUCAAAUUAAGAUCGGCAGUCAAAGCACUGGACCACUGGUAAAAAGGAAAAAGAAAACAAAGGUAUUUUUAUUAUUAUCUUAGUCUUAAGUUUAUUUAUAUCCAUUAA